UUUUUUGUAGUGUUGUUCGCAUUCAUACUUAUCUACCCUCGCUGCAGUACCUAUGAAGCCCGUUGUACCCGCUGGACUUCAGCCUUUCCUCACCGAGCCUACAUUUUCGCAUUAUCGCAGCUUUACCUCCGACGUGUGGUUAGACUGCCCACAAUCCCCCGCACGCGCCCCGCGCGACCAUGGAUCCCUUGGCGCCCUUUGUGUGGGACAACGAGGAUCUUCAGGAACAAUCGGAGCAAUCCCCCCGGCUUUCCAUCGUCGGCGGAACCACCUUCGCGGCAGAUGGAGCUGACACUGGGAACGACUUCACCUUGAGCCCCAUCGCGGAGGACGUUGCGGCGUUCAUCCGCGACCGCGCCCUUUUCACCGUCGCUGGGCAGGCGACCCGGGUCCGGCAGGGCAAGGCGGUGGACAACUUUUCCGGCGAUGAGGCGUCGGAGGCAGACAUCGGUUUCGACGAGAACCUCGAGGACAUCCCCCUCGACCCGCUGAGCAAAGAGGAGGAGCAAGCGCUAUUGAAGCGGAACGUCAGCAUACCUGCGCAGAAGCGGGUGCUGUUCACAACGGUGAUUGAGUUCAACUGCCAGCAAUGCGGAGCCGGGGUGCUUGUCGAGGAACGCGACGCGCGGUUCGUGCACGCGAAGCUUGCGGCCGGGUGUCCAAACUGCCGAGCCAGGUACGAGCUGAGACUAGAGGACAACAUGCAGUACCGGGUUCGUCGAAUGGAUUUCAGAGCUACAAAUUCACUGGGGCUCAAAAAAUCUUCACACGACGAGGAGGGAGACGGGAAAACAAGCGGAAUUAUCGUCGGAAAAAAACUUCCAGUACGCACACCUCCUGGUGUUCCAUUUUCGUCACCACCACCUUCGAACCCGAUGAUUCUGCCCCACGGCGCGACGGACCCGGCGAUUGCGGGAAAGACCGCCUUAGCACCGCCGCCACCAAUUCGGAGCACGGCGAGUGGGUCCGAGAUCGUGUCGUCCGUCACUUUGGAGUCCUACGUUGACAAGAAUUCCAGCGACACCGAUUCGUCCACCGGCCCUUCGAUCAACUGGAGCGACCUAGACUCGGUUUCGUCGAGCCAAAUCCUGGAGGCACGGGAACUUAGGGAGCUCAAGGACUCGCCGGAUUUGCAUAGAACCAGCUCCGGGGACACGCCCGAGCGGGUUGGGAUUACAAGAAGCGGUAAAAAUGCUACGGGCAAGGACGCAGGUCAAGAACCACCCUUCUCUGCGCUGUUUGCAGGUGCGUCUAGAAAACUAGAGAGCGGAAAUGGUCGUGCAGCCUCCUCUUCGGCCAGAAAUCGCAGAAUUCCGCCGCCGGCACUGGAUGCACAGGAACUGGAAGUACACACUUCCAGUUCUUCCCGAGAGCUAGAAGUGGAGCGCGAGGACGUAAAAUCCCUUGCUAAGUACUUCUGGUCGCGAAACCGCGCGAAGAGGCGGACGCGGAGUCCACUGCGAAGUCCGGAAAACAGCGCUGCGAACCUGCUACUGCUAAAUCGGAGAUCCAUGCCCGCGCUCUUUCUAAAAGACAAAGCAGGUGGUGGUGGGCAGGAGGAGGCGAGCAACAAUACUGUCUCUCCAGCACGCGACCAAGCAGAACCGCCAGGUCGUGGUACAGAGGAGAAGCUUCGCAACGCGUUUUCUCAUCUACAAGGAGGCGCUGACCUGAGUCUGCAAGGUGAUCUCACCUGGCCAAGCAGGAACUCAAGCAGUAGACCAAGGGUGGUCCCGGCCGGCGAGCUCGCGCCACCGACCCUGAAAAAAGUUACCGCAUUCGGUCCCGUCGAGGCCUACAGCCCAGUAAACGCAACGACGCCCGAGCUACCGAACCGAAUUCCUGCCCGGCCCCGCAGCUCGCUCGAGCGCAGUGUGACGACAAAUGCCCUGCAGUCUUUGCAGCGCACGCCCGCGGGACCGCUGAUUUAUGACAGGGGGCAGCUGUUGAGCGUGAAACGGGCGUUUAGUGUGGGAAACUUGUCGCCCAUGGACAACGCGACGCCAGAAAUUCCCGAUCGGGUCCCACCAAGAAUUUUCUUUGAGGUGGAGGGCAGCAGUGAUGCCCAUAGUACGGGGAAGGAAGCAACUAGGGCCGCACGAGGUGAAGCUCAAGCUGCAGGGAGAGAACCUUUUGCGGCGCUGUUUGGCGCGACUGCUAGUGCUUCCAGCAGCAUGGGCAAGGAAGCUGACCGUGACGAGGGAACGCUACUACAUGCGAAAAAAGUCAAUGCGGGACAAGCAGAUGCGAUUGAGAACGACACUAAGGUUGAAAAGGAGCACACCAGCAAUUCCACAUCUUCAGCUCCUCCACUCACCGGGGGUCUGACGACUUUUGCAAGCGAGCCAUCCCUUCUAUCCGAUCGAGAUCGUACGCGCAAUACCUCUGGUCAGGAUCUUUUUAACGCCGCGAGCGUCGCACAGAGUCAGGAAUUUCUCGGAUUUCUGCGCACCCAAAUCGAGGGCCGAAGGGAGAUUUUAGCACGACUCAAGGAAGCGAGUUGGCGCAAGCAGCUUCAGUCGCACAAUUUAGCCAGGAUGGCACAAAACAUUCGCGUUGUCACCACUAACGAUUUCAGUGGCGAUGAGCAAUCGGCGUUGGCUGGUCGCACUGCUGAACAGCUCACCGGCGCCAAGGCGAUCGCAUCGCCGCAGGACCAGCAAAUUUGGCUCUCUGUCCGUCGUCGAGAUGCGUGGCAGCGUGGCGCGAGCUACGAAUUGCAAAAGUUCGCGGAGAUCCGGCAAUUCCAGCGUAAGGUGAACUACUCUCGGAACAAGCUCGAUGUGAUGCGGACCAUUCUGCUGUUUUACGAAGAGGAGCUGAAUGACGGGGUAGUGUGGAAGUUUGGCGGAAGUACAACCUCCACGGGUCAAGCCAGCACAUCUAGGCUGGUUUCUGGACGGACGAACAGCCAUUCACCGAACCGAAAAGGACCACAGAGUUUGACGAAAAACAAAAUCAAGUACGACGCAGCAUUGCUGGCGAACAUGACCGAUCCUCGAAUUACCUGCGACCCAUUCCGGCACCUUCUGGUGGUGCCGGUAACAUCGUCCACCGUAUUCGGAGGAGAAGCUGCGACGUACGGCGCUACUGUAAGGACGUCACCGAUUUCUUUGGAACUCAAAGAGGAAAUAACAGAGCUGGGAAAAAAUACACCAGCACCUACUUCGACCGUCGAAAGCAUCAGCAAAGCCGAAGCAGGAGCACGACCUCCCCGGCUGCCCGAAGCCAUUUCAUCUCGAAGCGGCGCUCCCGACAGUGGGAGGACUGCAACAACGGUUGAGACGGAAGUCAGCACAACGUGUUCCUCUACGUCGAGCAAAUCGAAGCCGAAAGACGCCGUUUCUCCGUUUUUGGGUUUGCGCUUCCCGACCCCGGACUCCUCUGCGCCCUCGAGCCCCGACCCGGGGAACUUGAUCCGCUACCCAUCGCAGCCGCACCGCUCCCCGUCGUACUACUCUACAAGAAGGAAGUCGAAAGAUGGGCACGGUUACUCCGCUUCCAGCGCGUCUCUGCGCUUUCUGUCGCCCCGGGGCCGUGCGGAGCUGGUCGCUUUCCUCCACAGGAUGCGCCAAGCGUUGCGGAACGCGCAUGAAGCGGUCUUGUACGGUCAGGGAAUCCUGAAGCCGCCGCGCGACUUGUCCAGCCCCGGAAAUCCCAUCCGGAUCUUCCUGCCGCCAUCGCGCGAGGACCGGAGCCCAGCAGAAGUACUAGACACCAGCGAUGAACAUCACAAAAGCCGGCGAGAGCUCGAAGACUACCUGUGCCUGCUCGAGGGAAGGACUGGCAAGAGAGUGCUGCAGCACCGUCGAGAUGAAGCAGAGCGGACUUCGCGAAGUAUAUCACCCGUCCCAGAUGAGAACUACUUUGAGGAUGGAACAGCAAGAGCUACUUCAUCAACUUCAGAACGGCAGCGCAGUAGCAGUUCUCGCCGAAGCAAUUCCAAAGGUCGUAAACGGCCUUCGCUUCCGCGCGCGCCCUCGCCGAUUUCCGCGCAAGACGAGAGCGCAGCUCCAUUCCAGUUCCAAGAUGCAGACGUUGCGCUGGAACGCGGACCGCUGUAUCGAGGUUUGGCGCAAGAAGCCUUUCGGUUCUGGGACAAGCGCUGGCUGAAAGUCUUGCCCGAAGGGGACGACCUGGACGCGUUGGAGAUCGCGCUAUUGACAAAAAUCGAAGUUCUCAUCUCUCAGGACGGGAUGCGGGUCUUGACGAACUUCGCUUUCUCCCCAGCAGAACUUCUGCAGCAAGCGCAGUCCGCGGGGCCGCAGUCCCCGGCGUCGGACCACACGUCGACCGCUGCGGUCACAACGCCCGGCCCGCCGGUAGUACUUACUAGUACCGGGUCUCCGGCCGGAAAGGAGAUCGCGGAGAAGGGGUUUGGAAAAGCGAUCUCCGCGGCGCUACUCGCCGCAGAGGGUGCGUUCUCGCCGGAUGACGCCAGUCCGCUUGAUUCGCACGCGGGGACACCACCGGGCUCGAGUACUUACGCCGGCGAGGACCUGAGCAUGGUCGUAGCUGGCGGAAACGGCGAGGACGGGGUGGAUCUUCUGGGAGACGACAGAGAGGUAAUUCAGUCUCCACCGCCUAGCUCCGCCGCCAUACAGACCGCAGCGAUCAGAGAUCAUCUUGACGCGCUUCAGCGGUUCCACUUGCAAACAACACCUGGCAGCAGAACAACAUCUUCUCGAGAAGCAGGAGCCGGGAAAGAACUGCUCUUCUCUUCACCGAGCGCAACAAGCGGGCAGGCGCACACGCCCCCGCCGGAGGAGGAGCCGGUCGCGGAAGUGCUGGUGAAGAGUGGCGCGCUGAUCCUUGCGCUGUGCAACGAGGAUUUUACUCUGUUCCUGCGCGCCACGAACCCGAUGGACCAGGCGUUUUACAUCCGUAGGUGCUUGAAAGCAUUUCUCCACUUCAUCAAGAAGUACCUGCCAAGCUUCGUUCUCGCAAACUACAGACAGAAACCUCCUGUGACAACAAGCAGCAGGACGCCAUCGCCGCCCAGCGCGCCCGCGAAUUCUUCCCGCGGAUCUGCGAAGUCCCGAACCCCCGAGGAUGGAGAGUUUGUGCUGCAAAACGGAAAGAAUAAGGAUAGGCCAGUCAGUACCUCCGCUACUAGCAACUCGAAAUCCAGCACUUCCAGCUCUUCUAAAAGCUCACUGCUGCACACGGCGAAAGUGAAAAAAACAGCUCCACCACCUGCUACCCCUGACGACAAACCGUCUACCCUUGCCGUGCUUAUUGGCUGCUGGUAUGUUGUGCUGCUCCAGUACUCGCAGGACUACCUCCACGGUGUUUUGCGGUCUCUUGUCUUCCUGCGUGCCUGGCUGGAGAUCGAGCACCGGGAGCUGUAUCCUUGUUUGGAAAGCGAGUCGCGCGCCCGGGAAGAGGUGGUGGUGACAGUGGAAGCGCUGUUUUCGUCGAUGCUCCUCGUGGAGCGAAUCGAUGCGCGCUUCAUGAAGAUGCAUCACAAUUCCCAAGCUGCUUCGGCUCUGGGCACUGCGAAUCGAAGGAACAAAAUCAAUACACAGCUGCUCACAGAGUUUUUGAGACUCUAGGUUUGUCGUGUUGAUGCCUCAGCCUGGCAGAAUGAGUCAGAAUCACAAUGCUCUUCGCUGUACAUUACAAGUCAUCAUUAGAAGCAACGCAACAUUUGCCCGUGC